GUGUGUUUGUAAAGAAGCUGUUGUCCGAUUGGGAAUCCAAAGCAACCGAUACUCUGGAAAUAAAAGACAUGAGGGCGUAUUUAUACGGCGGGCAUGAUUCUACUAUUGUCAAUAUAAUGAGAGCCUUGAAAAUAUGGGAUAUUCAAUUUCCUGGUUACGGAAUCACUAUAUUGUUCGAACUAUCGAAGGAUAAACACUCUGGCGAAUAUGGAAUAGAGGUAUAUCUAAGAAAUUCCACGAAACUGCCACCAUUCAAACUAACAAUUCCUGGGUGUUCCAGCUUCUGUCCACUAAGCAAGGUGAAAUAUCUGACUCAGGAAAUAAUUCCAGUCGACUGGGAUGAGGAGUGCAAGACUGACAAUCCAGAUUUUGUUGUACCAACACCUGGAGGUCCUUAAAUAUGGCUAAGAACUUGACGCUUGACGAAGACCGGAGAGUGACAUACCACGACAUACCCUACACCUUCAUGCAUCAGCAGUUUAUUAUUCAAUUCUGCAUUCUCAAUCAAGGGCGAAUCCAGGGGGAACGUGACCCGCCUUAUUUCACGAGUUUAAUCCAGGAUUUCAUUUUGUGCAUCCACUACGAACCACCAUGUAUUUAGUUAAAAUAUCGUUUCAUUUAAAAGGAUGCAAUAAGUCUUAUUGAAUUCGAACCUUGAUACUAUUAAAAUCUCAAACCAAUUCCAUUCACCGACUUAUCAUCAUUUC